AUGCAAGCUCAUAAUACUUCGUCUCGAGGGAUUCGAUUAGCCAUUCUAGUAUUGGUAUGCCUCGUCAUCCUCAUCGACACAGCGAAUGUGGGGAUGGCCAAUAUCGCGUUACCAACAAUCAAGGAGGCACUCGGCUACAAUGAGGGAGACUUGCAACGGAUCUUGACCGCUUAUUCACUGACGUUCGGCGGGUUCCUGAUGACCAGUGGCCGGCUGGGCGAUAUCUUCGGUCAUCGAAUGAUAUUACUUCUGGGCAUGACGCUAUUGGGGCUCAUUAUUGGAAGAGCCUUCCAAGGUCUCGCAGCAGCAUUCACCAUUCCCUCCGCCCAGUCGUUGGUCGCCCUGGCUUUUGAGAAUCCGAAGGCUCGUGUGCGGGCCUUCGGCGCCUGGGGUGCAUGUGGCUCUAGUGGUUUUGUCUUUGGUCCUAUCCUAGGUGGAGUUUUCACCUCACUGGUCACUUGGAAAUGGUGGAAAGACCAGCUGGCGACUCUUCAUACCCGUCUGGAUCUCCCUGGUACCUUGUUAUCGGUUGCCGGCCUCAUCCUUCUGAUCUACGCGCUGACGACCGGGAACAUCGACGGCUGGAACCAGGCCAAUGUUCUGACGACGCUGAUUCUGGCGGUGGUAGCACUAGGAGUGUUCCUUGUUCUAGAACUGAGAUUCUCCGCCGACCCAAUUCUCCCUCGGUACAUGAUCACCGACCGAGGGAAAGCGCUGGGCUGUGCCAGCGCCGCCCUGACCUAUGCUGUCUGGCAAGGCAGCAAUUACCUCUUGACCCUUCAGCUGCAAAGCUUCGGUUACUCCGCACUUGCGACCUCGCUACGGUUCAUCCCCCUCGGUGUCACGGCCUUAGUGGUCAACUUUGUAGUCCCCCUCCUAAUCGGCCCGGUCGGCGCUCGCACGCUUUUGGUGUGUAGCUGGACCCUGACGCUGGGCGGACUGGUCCUCUUUACCCGGAUGGGCGGGGCCGACGACUACUGGCGCUUCUGUCUCCCCGGGAUGGUCUUGUACAUUGCCGGUGUCGGGACGGUGUAUUUCGUGGGGAACGUGAGUGUGGUGGCCACCGCGAAGAAGGAGCAGCAGGGGACGGUGGCUGGGGUUUAUAAUAUGUUCCUGAAUGUGGGCGGAGCAGUGCUGGGAGUGGCGGUAUUGACCGUGAUCUCUAACUCGGUGACUGCUAACCACGGAGGCGAGGAGAAUCCUCGCGCUGCCUUGAAUGGAUAUCGGGCGGGGCACUAUGCUGCGAUCGCAAUGGCGGCGCUUAGGGUGGUUCUGUCGUUGUUCUUUCGUUUACCUUGUUUAUAUGCACCAGGCCAGCAACCACCCACAAACUUAGUAACCAGCACGCUCAAAACCCCCCACACUCCUCAAACCUCAACAGCGCCCCCCUCAGCCCCACGCCGACUCUUCGGCGCCUGA